GGUUCGGACAUCAGACCUGGCCGGGCUCGCGUUGAACUCUGAUAUGACGCCCGAGGACCCGGAGGAAACCCAGCCGCUGCUGAGACCGCCGGGAGACAGCGCUCCCCGCGGCCGCCGGGUCUUCCUCGCCGCCUUUGCGGCUGCCCUGGGCCCGCUCAGCUUCGGUUUCGCGCUCGGCUACAGCUCCCCGGCCAUCCCGAGCCUACGGCGUGCUGCGCCCCCGGCCCCGCGCCUCGAUGACACUUCGGCCUCCUGGUUUGGGGCCAUCGUGACCCUGGGCGCCGCGGCGGGGGGCGUGCUGGGCGGCUGGCUCGUGGACCGCGCGGGCCGCAAGCUGAGCCUCCUGCUCUGCGCCGUGCCCUUCGUGGUCGGCUUUGCGGUCAUCGCCGCGGCGCAGGACGUGUGGAUGGUGCUCGGGGGCCGCCUCCUCACCGGCCUGGCCUGCGGCGUCGCCUCCUUGGUGGCCCCGGUAUACAUCUCAGAGAUCGCCUACCCAGCAGUCCGGGGUCUGCUUGGCUCCUGUGUGCAGCUGAUGGUCGUCAUUGGCAUCCUCCUGGCCUACCUGGCAGGCUGGGUCCUGGAGUGGCGCUGGCUGGCCGUGCUGGGCUGUGGGCCCCCCUCCCUCAUGCUGCUGCUCAUGUGUUGCAUGCCCGAGACCCCCCGCUUCCUCCUCACUCAGCACAAGCGCCAGGAGGCCAUGGCCGCCCUGCAGUUCCUGUGGGGCUCUGAACAGGGCUGGGAAGAGCCCCCCAUCGGGGCCGAGCACCAGGGCUUCCAGCUGGCCCUGCUGAGGCACCCUGGCAUCUACAAGCCCUUUGUCAUCGGCAUUUCACUCAUGGCCUUCCAGCAGCUGUCAGGGGUCAAUGCCAUCAUGUUCUAUGCAGAGACCAUCUUUGAGGCGGCCAAGUUCAAGGACAGCAGCCUGGCCUCAGUCACCGUGGGCAUCAUCCAGGUUCUGUUCACAGCUGUUGCGGCCCUCAUCAUGGACAGAGCAGGACGGAGGCUGCUUCUAACCUUGUCAGGUGUGGUCAUGGUGUUCAGCACAAGCGCCUUCGGCACCUACUUCAAGCUGACCCAGGGUGGCACGGGCAACUCCUCCCACGUGGACCUCUUGGUGCCUGUCUCUGUGGAGCCUGUCAAUGGCAGUGUGGGGCUGGCCUGGUUGGCCGUGGGCAGCAUGUGCCUCUUCAUUGCUGGUUUCGCCGUGGGCUGGGGGCCCAUCCCCUGGCUGCUCAUGUCUGAGAUCUUUCCUCUGCAUGUCAAGGGUGUGGCCACUGGUGUCUGUGUCCUCACCAACUGGCUUAUGGCCUUCCUGGUGACAAAAGAGUUCAGCAGUCUCAUGGAGGUCCUCAGGCCCUAUGGAGCCUUCUGGCUCGCUUCUGCCUUCUGUAUCAUCAGUGUCCUUUUCACUUUGUUCUGUGUCCCUGAAACCAAAGGAAAGACUCUGGAACAAAUCACAGCCCAUUUUGAGGGGUGAUGACAGCCUUUCUGUGUGUGGUGACCCCUGAGCUGGGCUGGCCUUGCCUGUGACUCUUAACUGGGCCUCAGCUUUAGCCUGGAGCCCCUGACUGCCCCAGGCCCAGGGAGAACUGGAACCCAGGACCACAACCCUUUGGGCCUGGGCCUCAGGGCCUCUUCCUGUCCAGUCACCCAGGCUGGGAGGUUCACCAGGUCUGGGUCCCAUGUCUGCUGCUGCCUGCACCCGCCGAACUGCUCAGAGGAGCUCUGCCAUCCUGUGCAGCCCUGGGCACAUCGUCACGACACUCAAGCAGGUGAAGACAGUUGAGGCCUCUUGGCUCCCAAUUUCUGACUGGAGGUGCUUUUGGAGGCCAGGUCCUGGACACCUGCUUGUUUGCUCACGUGUCUGCAUCAUUAGGAAGGAACUUUGCCAAAUAAAAGAUUUCACUCAGAAAUCAGGUCAUGCUGUCUGUGUGCCCAGCUUGAGAAGGGGGUGUUCCCUUUGCUUCCGUAAACCUGGCCCUCCUGCAUCCUGCCUGUGAGUUCACCUCCACAUCAGCCACGCUGACCCUCGGCACUUGGAGGCCAUGUCUGGCUCCUUUCUU